AUGGGGAGGGCCGGCGAAAGCCAGAGGGCCGAGGAUGUCUGGGGCGGGGCGCGGCGAGGGCUCCGCCCCGGGGCGGGGCGCGGGCGGGCGCGCGGCGGGCUCCCUCGGGGUCUCCCGGCGCUGGCCACCGCGCUGGCGCUGCUGCUCGCCUGGCUGCUGGUGCGGCGCGGACUGGCCGCGAGCUCAGACCCCGCCCACGCGCCCCCGGAGCCCGCGCCCCAGGCCGAGGCCAGCAGGACCCCCGCGCCGCCCGGCCCCGGAGCCCCGGAGCCGGCAGCUGCGCCCGAGGAGCCGGAAGAGCCCGAGGGGCCGGGAGAAUCCGCGGGGCCGGGGGAGCGCGCCGAGCCGGCGGAGACGGAAGAACAGGCUGCCGAGGCGAGGCAGGAAGAGGAGCCGAAGCAGGGUGGCGAGGAGGGCCCACCCCCAGCAGGGCCUGAGGAAGAAGAUGGAGAGGCCUUCUCCUUCAAGUACAGCCCUGGGAAGCUGCGGGGAAACCAGUACAAGAAGAUGAUGACCAGAGAGGAGCUGGAGGAGGAGCAGAGAGUUCAGAAAGAACAGCUGGCGGCCAUCUUCAAGCUCAUGAAGGACAACAAGGAGACGUUUGGCGAGAUGUCCGACGGCGACGUGCAGGAGCAGCUCAGGCUCUACGACAUGUAGGCCGCCACCUCCGUCACCCAGCGGGACGUCCACGACUGCUGCCCCGUGACUCUGCCCUGCCCCGUGAGCCCAGCCCUCCUUGCUUUCAGACUUUUGUAGACUUCAUUUGAUCUUAUAUCCACAGAUGUAGAUUUACUCAGUUCUUGCAAUUUAUGUAUCACGUAACCGGAGUCAGGACUGUGGGCUUCAGAGGAGAAAGUGACUCCUUUGGCUUCUGCCUGCUGCUGAGGUUCCAGCGGUUACACAGGUCAAACUCCACGCAGACCCGGGGCAGGCAGCAGCCAAGCCCCCAGCGCGUGGUGGAAAGUCCUACAGCCUGCAUGUCAUCUACUAACAAUACACUCUUGUUCUGACUCACAAGGACUUCUGGAAGCUUCUGUAACUGUAUGGAAGCAAGCAGUAGGGAACCAUUCUUUUAGCAAAAAGUCUAAUUCAAUCUCACCUUCCAUCCUGGAACAAAACAACUGUAUCAGAGUUAAGCCCCUCUAAGAGUGCCUCUCAUUUAAGCAUGAGGGUUACUUUACAUAUAAUUAAGUAAAACUUAUUUGAGCGCUUAUAAUGUACCUAGAACUACACUAAACACUAUAGAUGGAAGAAAUAACAUAUGUGACAUGGUGCCUACCUUUAGGGAGAUUAAGUCCUUCAGAGAAGACAGGCACGUGUGCGGGGAGACAGAAACUCACCAGGCAGCAUUCAAUGAAAUGCCAAAAUGACCUCACACAGGGUGUCUGGGAUGUUUACGAGAUCAAUAAAUUUCUGUGAGUCAGUGAAUGUCUGAUGACGGAAAUAACAGUGCUUCUUUCAUGCUGCACAGGCCUGGUUUCUGAUCACCACACUGGCAGAAAAAUUCACAGCCAACUGAGUUAGGGAAGGUAUGCUAAAGAGAGAAAGUAGGAAGUUCUUACAUUUUUUAUUUGCUGAACUAAAACCAAAUCAACACAAAACCAAAGCAGUGGCCCUUGAAGCACCUCCAGUCAGUACUGGUGGGGAGUGCAGUUAACCUCCUUUCGUCAUCUGCUUGCUAGGAUUUUUCUCAAGCCGCCUCCCGGCUGUUGCUGUAAUUCCCUUUGCUUGUUUGCUGCUGGUCUGAUGGCUAGGGCGUCUGCUCUCUGUGUCUGGUUUUAUAUCCAAAUGUCAGUGCUUUUUCCCUUUUUAAAAAUUAUUUUUAUCUUUUUUGUCACUGCUUUUUAGAUUUUUUUAUGGUUUAAGAAUUGUUUGUUCCCUUUCUGGGGUCUCAGGGACCCCCUUUACAUUGUUUUAUCUCCCCAUCCCCCAAAUGCAUGUCACCGGGCUGGGCUGUCUCUCCCAGGAUGCACUUCGGAACUGGCAUUGCCCCCUGUCACUGUAUUUCCCUGUCCUUUCCUGCUUCCCCCAGUGCUUCUUCUCUGAUUACACCAAAAAGGAACCGUUUGCAGUA